AGUGGGGCGGGUGCUGAGCGGGGGGCUGGAUGGGAUCUGGGUCCUAGUAUUUGGGCCUCAGUUUCCCCAGGGAGUAGGAGGAUGGCCAUGGCCCUGAGCCGAGAGCAUCCCCCUGGGGAGACUGGAAGAGCCGCAGUCGAAGGAUGUGCUUUGUGCCAGCCUGUGGUGGGCGGCAGAUCCUGCCUGGCCCUGGGGCCCUCGCAGCAGGAUGGAGAGGGGUGGGCUGGUUUGUCCCGUUCCAGGUCCGGGCUCACACGGCCCAUGUCUGUCCCUCGAAGCCUGCCCGCUCCACACCAUGGGUGGGCCUCUGGCCUUGCUGGCCGCACUCUGGGCUCUGGGGGCAGCCAGAGCCGCGGCGCUGCGCAUCGGAGCUUUCAACAUCCAGAGCUUCGGGGACAGCAAAGUGUCAGACCCGGCCUGCGGAGGCAUCAUCGCGCAAAUCCUGGCUGGCUACGACAUCGCGCUGGUGCAGGAGGUGCGAGAUGCGGACCUGAGCGCCGUAGACUCCCUCAUGAAGCAGAUUAACAGCGCGUCCAGGCACGAGUACAGCUUCGUGAGCAGCGAGCCCCUGGGUCGGGACCAGUACAAGGAAAUGUACCUGUUCGUCUACAGGAAGGACGUGGUGUCGGUCAUGGACACAUACCAGUACCCGGACCCGGAGGACAUCUUCAGCCGGGAGCCUUUCGUGGUGAAGUUCUCGGUGCCCCGCUCUGCUGCCCAGGAGGUGGUGCUGGUUCCCCUGCACGCGGCGCCGCACCACGCUGUGGCCGAGAUCGACGCGCUCUACGACGUGUACCUGGACGUGAUUGACAAGUGGGGCACCGACGACUUGCUGUUUCUGGGCGACUUCAACGCCGACUGCAGCUACGUGCGGCCGCACGACUGGGCGGCCAUCCGCCUGCGCAGCAGCGAGGUCUUCAAGUGGCUCAUCCCGGACAGCGCCGACACCACGGUGGGCAACUCCGACUGCGCCUACGACCGCAUAGUGGUCUGUGGCUCCCACCUGCGCAGGAGCCUGAAGCCCCAGUCAGCCGCCGUGCAUGACUUCCAGGAGGAAUUCAGCCUGGACCAGAGUCAGGCCCUUGCCAUCAGUGACCAUUUUCCUGUGGAGGUGACCCUCAAGUCGCACUGAGCCCUGCGGUGCAAGCCCCAUCGAGCCCUUCCGGGCAGCCAGCCAAGCCCAGUGAGGCUGCAGGGUGGCAUCGGCUGGCCUGGACAAAUGACGGGACCCUCUGAGCCCUUUGCCCGUUUGUGAAGCGUGCUGCCACCACCCACCUCGGGGGGUUGUGAGAAACACCUCGCAGAGCGCUGGGCACUCGGUAAACACGAUCCAGCACGGGAGGACUGUGCCCAGCCCAGCCACGUUGGCGCUGACACCUCCAUGUCCUUUCUUAGGCCGCAGCCCUCUUGGGGCACAAUCCUUGGUCCUGCAGCCCAGCAGGUUCCUGGCCCAAGUUCCCUUAGGGGACAGGGACAGCCCGGCCUGCCCAUUCCAUGUCCUGCUGGGAACUGGCCACCUCCACACUAGGCUGGCUCCAGAAGGCAGCCCCCGUGCUCACGUGCGUGGAGUGUUAAUGCCCAAGGCCCACCUCCCGGACCACAGGGCUCCUGCUCCAGCCUGAUGCCCAGGCACACGGGUGUGCAGGUCAGGAAGGCUGGCCGCCUGCCCCCAGCUGGUUGGGGGCCCUCGGACAUGUGGAGCCCCCGCCGUGGUGAGCAGGUAGGCUGGGCCGAGAUCAUACCCCUGGAAGUCGACAGCACACUGUGGUAUGGCCCCUUCAGCCAGGCCUUCCUGGGCAGGGGCCAUCAGGGAGGAGAGUGGCCUGUGCCCCGGACAAGCUCACUGCCUAAGGAUUGGGAGCAAGCAGAGAUGGGUACACAGGGUAACUGACAGGGGCCCCCUGAAGUUUCUGGUUUUCGAAGCAGCUCAUCUUUGGCAGGAUUUGGGAAAUGGCCUGAAUUACAUGGGAGGGAAGGACCUUAUUUCAGAAGUUUGGACAAGCUUUUCUUGCUAGAUCUUUCCAACGUGAGAUUUAGGACACUAGCAAGGUAAAACGUCUCGCAAGAAAUGCCUCCCUCAUCCCUCUCCAGGUCACCCCCACUUCUCCGAACACGCCUUCCACCCCAACGUGGCGCAAGGCCUUUCCCCUGGCGGGGUUUUGGGUGACUUGUCAGGGCCCACAACUCCCUGGCCUCCUGCCUCCAGCAAUCAGGUAUUCCACCAGCUGGGGAUGGGAAAGCCAAGCACUUUAUUCAUCUCUGGCAGAGGAGACACUGGUGACAUCAUGGGGGUCCAGAAGGCACCCCCUGCCAGUUAACGAUGCCCGGAUCAAGACACUGCUUGCCAGUUGCGACCCCUGCCCACCCCCCAGGCACAAAAGGCACUCGGGUGGGGACCAGCCUUGGGGCUGUAGCUGGGAGGAACAGGGUCUUCUAGGAGGAUCAGAAAAACAAAGCUGCAAUUACUUCUACGUGGCAAAGUACCUUAUUUAGAUUCCUUGGGACCGCAGGGCCCCCCAGAAGGGUGCAGGGGCCGCUGGGCCCUCAGCCUUUCUUUUGUUUGAGCUUUUCUAAGUAUGUCUGCAGGGACUUUUGGAUGGCAUCUUUGGAGAUGAAGCUGACGAAGUUCUGGAUGUCGGCGUCGCGCUGCUUCAACAGGUGGUCUGCCGUGGCCUGGCGGAUCAUGCUCUUGGUCAGCUGCCGCGCGUGAUCUAAAGAAAACAAGGGCCACGGGGGAAGACGCGGCUGUGGCACAGUGGCAUCAGUCCCCGCCUCUUCAAGAGAGUGCCAGCAGGAGCUCUGCCAGAAACCUUAGAACGAACACGCUGUUCCCUACGGCCCGCCAGUUUCUCUUAAGAGCACAGAGGAUGACUCUGUAAAAACUGCCUUUGUGACGUGUUAUUUUCCCUCGAGUAUAUUGCUGGGGACAUUUUUUCCAUGCCAUGAAAAUAUUCUUUUGCACCCUAA